UGUACUUCAUGCUCCUGGCCUCACACAGAAACUACCCAUGCAUACAAACACGCACUCACACAAGUACUAGCUCUUGAAAGCUGCAUGGUCUGGAUGAACAUUUUCACUGGCUGAGCCUAGUUUAAUUUCUGCAUUCAUUUAUUACUUUAUUAUUGAAACAAAACAAACUACAAACAAAGCUAUUUAAAUAUUUUUUUUUUUUUAAAUUGAAGCACCAUUCUCUAAAUCAUCAUAACAAUGGCUCUGUGUGUGUAUCCAUGAAGCGAAGACCCCACCCCCUUCUCUAUAAUUUUGCUUUCAUUUUCAGUUUCCCCAAAUAUAAUUUCCACUUACAUUCCAUUCUGUGUUUGGUCUUUGCAAAAACCUGAGGGAUGUGGAAAAAAAGCAAACCAAGCAAGUCCGUUUUUUAAACAUUUUAUUCCCCCGCUUCUUUCUAAUUUCUCAUUCACUAUCCUUUCCCCUUUUCUCCACCCUCAACAACCUCUGCCAACACCUCCGACCAUUUCCCACCCAUGUCGCUCGUCCUCCUCCCUCCUCUUCCCCUCUGUUUGCACUCGGUUGAAGACAGACAGGACUCAUAUAUUCUCAGAGAAAUCAGAAAGUGUAAGGACAUGGGGUGAAGAACCGUAUGACAGGCUGUUCUGCGAAACUGUUGUCGAUGACUGACAUCUCUGCAUCCUAUGAUGGACAAAAAAAGUGCCAAUGGCUUUCAGACAACAGGCAGUGAAGGUGGUGUUCAGAGAAAGCAACUACCCUACUCAGUAGAAACUCCUUAUGGCUUCCACCUGGACUUGGAUUUUCUCAAAUAUGUUGAUGAUAUUGAAAAAGGCAAUACUAUCAAAAGAGUCCACAUCCAACGUCGGAUCAAGGGUCCUCCCAAAUUCAGUACUCUGCCCAGAAAUUUUAGUCUGCCAGGGCAGGCGAUCCAGCCAGCCUCUGAAGAUAGUACCUGGUCUGGGACAUCCACCUUGGGUCCAAGACCUAAAUCGCGGCUAACAGAGGUUACACAGCUCUCAGAUUUGAGGACAAAUGAAGGAGUAACUUUAACAAGAGGGACAACUAUCCAAGCAACAAGUGUUGUUUCAGCUAGGCUUCGGGAUGAAGGUGUUUUGGGGCCUCACAGUAUUGAAGAGAAAAUGAUGGGCACUCAAAAUCGUCCAAACUUGCUUCGAGCAUCAAGUAUGCCUGUCACAUUACAACAGCGGAAAGGUUCUGAUUCAAGUAGUCCAGAUCGUAUUGUCGUAACACCAGAGAAUGGCUCAACUGAAAACGUAUUCAGAGCAUCACCUGAUAUCACAGAAAGAAGAUGUGCUACACAAGAACGAGUGGGAAUUCACCAGCAGAUCACAGUAGCUUUGAAGCGAGUCAGAGAGCUUGAAGAACAGGUCAAAACCAUCCCUGAACUUAAGGCUCAAAUCUGCUCACUAAGGAUGGAGAGAGAGAAGCUACUAUGUCAACUUAAGGCCCAAGAAAAGGCCCAGGCUUCGCAACCACAUGCAAGCAGACCAGAGUUUAAUCUGUCUCUUACGUCACAACUCAAUCAGAAUUUGACAAGACAGACAGUAAGUGAUGAAAAGACACAGGGUAGCACAGGGGAAAAUAUUAUGGUUCAAAAAGAGCCAGUAAAUCAAGGAUUUGUUAUUAGUUUAUCUCAGCAAGAAUGUAACAUUCAAACAGAACUGCCAGAAAAAUGUGACCAUCAGAAAGAGACUGUAGGGAGUCCACUUGAACAUGCAGGUCAGGAAGAUGGUAAUUCAACAAAAGGUGAUAAUUUGGGGGACUCAGGUAAUGUACAGAAUUUGAAUGAAAAGCUAGUAUUACUGGAGGCUAAACUUCUUAAGGCUACUCAAGAACUAGAGAGAACUAAUGAUUUGUUGAAAGAACAAAUAGUGGAGAACCAAGUGAAAGAGGAGAAAAUACUACAGCUGAGUGAGGGAAUACAAUUAGAUGUGUGUGCAACAGAAGCACAUAGCAGACCAAGAAGAGAAAGUAUAGAUACAGGAACAGAGACUGAGAGAGUUGACUUUGUUAACCAGGAGACAGAGACAGAAUCACCUGGUACAGUAGAUCAAGGUACCGAUACACAAAGAAUAUGUAUUGAAGUAUGUUCCCCCAUACCAAGAUCUGGAAGUAUUAAUGAAGAAAUUAAAACUUCCAAAAUUGACACUCAGGACAGAGUGACAGAAGUUGGGGCAGAAGGUUUACUUUUUAGCCCUCAACCGCUUGCAGUCAACAGGAUGGAACAGGGUACAGUAACUGAAAGACCAACUACAAAUGAUCAAAUGACUGAGACAAAUGUAGCUGGAGCAGAGGAAGAGACAGACCAUCCUCAGAGGUCAAGGGCCAGCAGUGUCGAUAGGGGGACAGAGACAGAGAGGGUCGACACAGUGGACCGGGUGACAGAAACAGAGGUAGCAAAGAUGAAUGACCAGCAUACUGAGACAGACGUAGAAAAACUGGAAGACAACAUUUUAGUUAGAAAUGUCGAAACAGAAAGCCAGGACAUUGAAAAUACAGGAAAACGAAGAGAUGAGGUUCAUAUUAGUGCCAGCAAAAGUGAAGAAUGCAAUGAAUCAAAUGAAGUUGUUUCGCAGGAAAUAAAGAUGUUAGAGAAUUUUGAAGUUAAGAUAGAUAGUUCUGUUUCAGUUAAAAGGAUUGAAGGAAAAAAUACAGGUUCAGAUUUUGUCAACCAGACUGAAGGUAAAAGUCCCCAAACUGAAACAGUAGAACAUGUAGAAGCUACAACAGAGGCAAGCAUUGAGCAGAAUAUUAAAAAGGGAGAAUUGUUAGAGAGUAUUGAAACAGUGAAGGUUUCACAAAGUGCUGGAGAGACUACGGGUAAUGUCAACGUUGUAGUAGCAUCAGAGACUGCCACGGUGAAGAAGGGAGUCCCAAUCAGACCUCAGAGAGGCCGCAGGACAUCCUCAGAUCAGUCACAACCAACAGUCGUUCAACUUCAAGCUGCUCCUGUGUGUCCUCCUCAUAUGGAAUCCAGUGAAAUCCAAGAUCAGCAGUCAAAGACUGUGUCUCAACCCUCCCAAGAUCGCUCUGAACCGCAGAUUAAACAUGAAUCCCAAUCGCAGUCUUUGGACAAUACUAUGGAGCCAUCAUCUGAAAAAAAAUCGCUAUCACAAACUCAAUCUGAGAUUAAAAGCCCAUCAUCAAGUUCCAAGGACAUCCAAACCCGACCAAAAUCUAUCCAAGCUAAAUCUAAGACGACAGUUCGACGGGAUUCAAAGGAUCUGAAAGCUAUCGUAUCACAGCCUUUAAGACGUGAAUCUGGAGAUGGAAACACUCACCCUGCACGCCGGCCAUCGGGUGAAGUCCAACCUCAGUCUCGGAGAUUGUCCGAUGAAAGUCAACCCCUUAAGAAAGGCCCCGAAUUGCAGACAUUACGCAGAGGCUCCAGUGAAACAACCCAGCAUCGGACUUCCGGGGAAGCCAUGGCCUCACGCCGCGAUAGUGACGAUGUGCAGCAGGUACGCAGAGGCUCAAGUGAGUCGCCAACUUCGCCUGCGGCUUUAGGUCAAGUCGUAACACGCAUAACUGGGCUUCUGGGAGAGCAAUGGGCUCAAUUGGGGAGCAGCUCUGGAGCGCAACCAAUGGUCAGCCAGCAGCAAAGUAACAGCACACAAAAACAGACAGCAGGGAAAAGCACAGAGACAGGAAAGGGAGCCUCAGCCAAGCCUGCGGGAAAAACACCAACUGCAGGAAAACCAGCUGGGAAGCAAGGCCCUUCAAAAAUGAGCUCUAUUCAAAGUCAAUUAGUCAGUUCCCUUAGUGUUCUUUCUGCCUUUUACUCACCUGGCCAAAAAGCCGCCUCCAACAAACAGCAAGAACAAGGUCUCAAAUCUAUUAUGAAGAAAGAUGGUGUUGCUGACAAGCAAGGGAACAAGGGAACCAAGAAAAACCUCAAGUUUGUCGGGGUGAACGGAGGGUAUGAGAGCACGUCAAGCGAUGAGUCCAGUGGAGAUGAGAAGGCAAAACUAGAUGUCGAAGGAGAGGGGGCCAGCUCAGAGAAAGAACAGGAAAAAGACAAGGAGCCUGCAUCAGCAGAAAAGCCCAAGGAGGAAGCAGAUGCACUGGAGAAAGAGGCUGAAAUCUUGCAUGGUGAAAAGGGUGCAGUAGCAGCACAGAAAGAGACUGCAAAAGACCUACUUGAUUCAGAAGAGAGCCAUGUGCUCCUGGGGGAAGAGGCUGAAGGGGAAAAAGUUGAGAAGAGCUUCAUUGAUGCUUGCCUUUAUGUAAAGGAUCGCAUGGAAGAAGUUACAUCUCCGGAUAAAGAAAUGCGGCAAGUUUUAGUGGUUCUUUACCAGGAAUGGUUCAAAGUUUCCAGUCAGAAAACUUCGCAGGCCGAUACCGUCCGAUUAUACCUGCGCCAAGUGGGCUUGACCACACCGACUCUUCUGCCAUAUGUAGUCAACCUGACAGACGGCAACGGUAAUAUGGCUCUUCACUACAGUGUGUCACAUUCAAACUUCUCCGUGGUCAAACUGCUGCUUGAUACAGGACUGUGUGAAGCAGACAAUGUGAACAAGGCAGGUUACACUCCAGUGAUGCUCGCUGCACUGACAGCAGCUGAGAGUCCUGAUGAUUUGGAGGUCGCACAACAGCUGCUGAGACUUGGUGAUGUUAACGCAUGCUCUAGACAGAUGGGUCAGACAGCGCUAAUGCUUGCCGUGAGCCACGGCCGCCUUGCCAUGGUGAAGCUACUGCUGAGUUGUGGCGCAGAUGUAAAUGCUCAGGAUUUCGAUGGCUCCACAGCCUUGAUGUGCGCCAGUGAGCACGGCCACAUUCACAUUGCCCGCCUGCUGCUGGAGACAGGUCACUGUGACACCAGCCUCACAGAUAAGCACGGACAAAAUGCGAGGGAAGUGGCAGAAGGAUGUUCUCACCUCGAUGUUGCUGACCUCAUCAAGGCACAUGAAAAGGCUGAGUCUGGCCAGUGAGUCAAAAUGUCUCCUCCAAGCCAGCUCCUGAUGAAACAGAGCCGAGAAAGCUGAACAAAGAUGUGCCCAUCCGCCCUACUCUCUGCAUAUGUGUACUGUUUACCUUGAAACAUUGGGAGGUCACACACAGACAGACAGCAACGUAUGCCCAUAUUCUUUCUUCCAUAUUUUAGCCAAUCCCCCCUGGGUUUUUUCAUAGAAAUGCUGCAUCAGUCAAUGGACACCAGGAGAGUCGCUUGAUUAAACAGGUCAUUUGAAAUGUAUAUGGAAAGAUAACUGCUGCCUCUUUAUAAUACUCCUCAAGCAUAAUACUAAGCACAAAAUCUACCUUUUGAAUACAUGUAGUAUAUAAGGUAUUUAAAAUGACAUUCAGCAUAUUUUUUUCUCUACAUGGACACUUUUUUUAACAGUGGACAUAAGUCAUUUUUCAGUACAUAUUGCAUCAGAUUACUAGUAUAUACAAACACAGAUUCUGUAUUUUCUAAUAUGUUCCUAUUUUUAUUUUUGAAAUAUUACUUUGUAAAUACUCAGAUUAAGGUCCAGGCCUUUAGGUCAUGUAUUGAAAUGGAUAAAAUGAGUAAUAUUGUUGUUUCCCAUCACACAAUUGAUAAUUGACAUAAUUCAGUGUCUUAUUUUAUAAUAACAAUUUAAAUGUGAUUUGUGUGUGUGCGAAUUUUACAAGAAAUACGGAUGGUCUGUCAUGAAAUGUUUCGUAUCAGUAUAGAACGAAACAAAAAAUACAUUUUAUAACCAAUAUAUAACUACGUCAAAAGCACUAAUUUAUUUAUCGUACUUAUUUCUUUUAUUACGAUUAUUAAUAUUUUUAUUUUUACAAAGAUUGUAUUUGUGGAGACAUUACUGCAUUUCAUAGAGUUAGUUUGUUUUGUUGGCUGUCAACAGCUGUAAAACAGUAUGUUAUAAUACUGUCUGACACUCACACGCUUCCCCAGGACAAAUAUGACUUUACUUAUUAUUAGUAUUGCACCGAUACGGAGUAUCGGUACCGAUACGGCACUAAAAUGACAUCUGUAUUGGUGACUACUAAGAAAUAACGUGCCAAUGCUGUGCAGUAUGUACUUUUAAGAUCUAGCUACGCACAUUGCUAUAAAAAAGGAGCGCUUGUCGCCCUUCCCAAGAUGAUGGCAGAUGUCCAAUCAUCCUUCUGCUGUGAAUUUAAAUGAGUUUAUAACGAGUAGAUGUCCAGUCCAUCUGAAGUGGCAGGGUGGCAGAGAAUGAACAUUUGUUCAUUCUUGCGCCAUCAAUGGCUGACAAUGAGUAGAGCAAUGUCUGAACACGCCAUGAUCGCAAUUAUUUUACAUUCAAGUAAGUACAGUAUGCAGUAAUUUAGUAUUGAAAGAAAAAGACAUUGUAUCGGUACAGUAUGGACAUUGGCCGAAUACCACACAGUCAGUAUCUUGCGCCAAAAAAUUGCUGCAAAACUACUUAUUACCAUUAUCUUAGCAUACUUGUUUUUAAUAUGCAAAAUUGUGCACAAUGAAUGUCUGACUGGCCAAUGCAUUCCUAAAUAUUGAAUAUAUUAUUACUAAUACAAACAUGUAGCAAUUAUAACUGUAUUGGGACUAAUACCCAGAAUAGGAAAUAGUCUAUUGCAAGUGUAAAACUUGCAUUAGAUCUGUUCUUUCAAUCAUACAUUUAUACACAUUAUACUUAUGGAAUGUUCAAGAAUAUAACAUUACGAAUGAAACUGAAGUGGAUUGUCAUUCAGAAAAUGUUAGUGUUUUUGUUUUACUGUGUUAUAGUGCACUUAUGGUGGGUAAACAAGCCAAUAUUAGUUAAACUGGUCCAAAAAGGAAUCUGACCCACUUUAUUGUAUUACAACAGUAACAACUGCAAAAACAAAAACUAUUCAGUUUCAUGAUGAUGAAACUAAAUUUGAUGCAAGCAUUUCACAACACAAUGGUGUUGUCAUGCUUGGAAAAAAAGUAAAUGAUAUUUAGAGAGUAUGUUAAUAACAUAAAACAUGCUGUGAAUAUCAAAACACAGUAACACAAAUGAUCUUCACAGGUGGCAAUUACAUAAUAAAUUGAAUUUGCACAUAAUCUGAAACCUAGAUUUCCCAUUCCCCACAAUAUUGUGUCAUUUGUGAUUUCAUUUCCGUACUUGUUUGUGUUUUAAUACACAAACAAAUGAACUUUCAGCCUCUCAUGUUCCAAAAUGUAGUGACAAUAAUUUAAUUUUUUUUUUUUUUUUUUUUUUUGUGCCAGUCGAUACUUUUUGUGAAAAUAUCAUGUUUAUGUUCAAUCCAUUGUGACCUAGAUUAUAUGUUAAGAAGGUUUUGUUGCCAAAGACUUGAAAUCAAAUCUAUUUCACAUGGGGUUAAAUGUCAUUUAUUUGUUCUUGUAAUGCCAGCUAUACACAUGUAUAUACAGUAUUGUGAAAACUAUAUAACCUCAAUUGUCAAACAAUAUGCUCUACAAAUAAUAUGAAAUAUUUAUUCAAAAUUAUAUAUAUUUUUACUGUAUACAUUAUAUAUAUAAUAUAGUAUGUAUGUUUGCAUGGACAGCUAUUGCAGUGAUUGAACUUGACAUUGAGCAGUGGAUAAUGGAGUAAUGGAUGGUGUAGUAUUGGUGACUUUUUCAUGUGCCCUUUCACCUUACCAAUGACACGUUACAUGUCAUCUCUAAUUACGGAAAACUAUAUGGAAGAUCCCUUACAAUCAACAGUUGUGAAUAUGAGAGUCUAAAACAUAAUAAGCUAUAUCUUUAUGUAUUAUCUAAAAAAGGAGUAUAUGUUGGAAAGGAGAAAUAUUUCACAAUAAAUAAAUAC